UUGUAGUGGCCAAUCGAGACUCCGCCGCCGGCUCCCCCAUCCCUACCCCAAGAUUGUCGGCCAUCCACACAAGCCGUAGAUGGUCCCACCAUCACCACCCACGCAACUGAAAUUCCCUCUUCCAAAGGGUUCCACUGCUGUUGUUAGACGCACUGGAGAGAUAAAAGUGUGCCUACUAAAAAGAUAGGCCUGCGGACUAAGCUCUUAGGAAAAUGUCCGGAUCAGCCCAGGCCUCACUGGCCCAACUCCCACCGCAGUCGAAAACUCCUCACAACCGACUACCGUAAACAGAUAGCUGGGCAUAUGUUAAAAAGAGAACGAACUGAGGGAAGGAGACGGAAACCUGUCUCUACUGCCUAACAGGAUUCGGGCCCACAACCAACCUGGUCAGCGCCAUCUUGUUCUUCCUCUUCACUAGGGCCGGUGGCGGUGCAUGACAGCCUCAAUAAAGCAAGUUUGGACACCAACGGCAUUCUGGGAAUUGUAGUGUCCCCGUUUCGUUCGGUUACCAAUGGGAGCGCGCUCCGCUGCUCGACGCAUGCGCUUCAGUGGAUGGAUUCUUCGGCUGUGUUGAGGUUUCUGAAAUAGAUGCGAAGACGUCGAUGGAGGCAUACGUAUUGCGGUUCUCCCAAAAGGUAUUUUCUCCCCGCUGCCGCGACGAGGAAAAAGGAAACUUGAAAACGACAUAAAUGAAAGUGCCAAGGAUAGUGCUAUUGUAGCGUUCAACUAAAGGGAGCUCAAGGGGUGUAAUGGAAAUCCGACAAAAUUCUGCAACAUCUGGAUGCAAAUCCACUCCUUGUGUGUGUGUUAAACUUGCAUUGCUUCGGAAAGAGCAGGACCUCACCCUCUGAGAAGUUAAUGGCAAAAAGAAACCCUGCUCCAAACACGCGCAGGAAGCCUUCAUGGUGGUGGUGGUUCGAGUAUUGAAAGCUGCCUCUCACCUGGAUGACAACACCUUGAGGAGGAGGAUUGGGAAGUCGUAAUGCUAGAGACUGGGUUGGCGUGGUUUUGCCCUAUUUUUCUUCACAAGCUUUCACCACGCUGAACAUACAUUCACAUUAUUAAACAACAGCUUAGUUGCUGACGCAUGUAAUUUUUUUUUAAUAAGGCUGACCUACAAACAGGCGUUAGGCAAAAUACGCUAGUGCUCCAUCCUCCUCUUCCCUUUCAUUGAGAUCGCCUGUUCCUCUGGCAUCGUAGUUCUCCAGAGCCCCCACACCCCUAAAGAUCUCAAGGCGUUGAUGUCAGCGGAAAAACUACAAGUCCCAGCAUCCCCGGCAAGGAAAAACUUGUACUACGCGCGGGAAGGAGGGGGGAACCUUUGAUUCCGCCGAAUAAAACUGUUGCGGUGCUCAGGAAGCCGCGUUUGCUCCUAUGGCCAGAAGGGCUUUAAAACUGGCAUCAUUUGCCACUGUUGCAACAGCCUCCACAGGUUUUUACCUGUACAGCAACAAGCACCUGGAUCCCAAUGACUUUGGAGUUGUGCGAGUAGGCAGAGCUGUUACCACAACAGCAGUUAUUACUUUUGAUUAUCUCACUUCUCUCCGGAACGUUCCACGUGGGACAGAAGAGUAUGACUCAGUCAAAUCACAGGUGCAUCUACGGUCUGCCAAACGUCUCCGAGAUCUGUGUUGUGCCAACCGGGGCACCUUCAUCAAAGUGGGACAGCACCUGGGGGCUCUAGACUAUCUCUUGCCUGAGGAAUACACUCACACCCUGAAGGUGCUGCACAGCCAAGCUCCUCAGAGCAGCCUGCAGGAGAUUGAGCAAGUGAUUCAGGAGGACCUGGGCAAAGAGAUUAAUGAGUUGUUUAUAAGUUUUGAAGAAGCUCCACUGGGGGCGGCAUCCCUGGCCCAAGUCCAUAAGGCUGUGCUACAGGAUGGGAGGACUGUUGCAGUGAAAGUCCAGCAUCCUAAGGUUCAAGCGCAGAGUUCUAAGGAUAUUCUGCUGAUGGAGAUCCUUGUGUCGGCUGUGAAGCAGAUCUUCCCUGACUUUGAAUUCAUGUGGUUAGUGGAAGAAGCUAAGAAGAACUUGCCUCUUGAGCUGGACUUCCUUAACGAAGGGAGGAAUGCUGAGAAAGUGGCCCACAUGUUCAGAUGCUUUGACUUUCUAAAGGUCCCUAAGAUUUAUUGGGAGCUCUCAACAAGGCGUGUUCUUUUCAUGGAGUUCAUGGAAGGUGGGCAGGUGAAUGACAAGCCCUACAUGGAGAAAAAUGGCAUCAAUGUCAAUGAGAUCUCUUGCAACCUGGGGAAGCUGUACAGUGAAAUGAUCUUUGUCAAUGGCUUCGUGCACUGUGACCCACACCCUGGCAAUGUGCUGGUGAAAAAGUGCCCAAGUACAGGCAAGACACACAUUAUACUACUGGACCAUGGGCUCUAUCAGGUCCUGACAGACAACUUCCGCUUGGACUAUUGCCAGCUUUGGCAGGCCCUGAUCAAAGCUGAUGUGAAGCGUGUCCAAAAAUACAGCCAGCGACUGGGAGCGGGUGACCUGUAUCCCCUCUUUGCUUGCAUGCUCACUGCCAGAUCCUGGCAAUCAGUCAACAGGGGCAUUGACCGGCUGCCAGUCACAAGUAAAGAGGAUGUGGAAAUCAGGACCGAUGCUGCCGCUUACCUACCUCAGAUUACCAAGCUCCUCAACAAUGUCCCUCGUCAGAUGUUGCUGCUGCUGAAGACCAACGAUUUACUGAGGGGGGUUGAAUCAGCUCUGCAAACACGGGCCAGUGCCAGCUCCUUCCUCAACAUGUCUCGCUGCUGCAUUCGAGCUGUUGCCGUGUAUCAGAGGGGCAAGAAUGACUCACUGUACAGGAAGGCACAGAUCUCUCUCUCUGAGGCCCUGAGCUUGUGGCAGAUCAGCUUGUAUGAACUCUUCCUGCGGCUGAAAGGAUCCCAGCUGGGGAACUGGGUCACUGUUUUCUUGAGUUGGAUGCACCAUUCCUCAUAGUGACAUGAACUGGUGGGAGAAGCCGGUGCUGAUGCUUUCCUUGUCUUUCCCGACUGUAGUGUUCUGUUCCUAUUUAUUCUGCUGGAGUUUUCUGGGUCUCUUCUCAUGUAACACAGGGUGCUGUCCUCGUUACCUUCUGCAGGUUCACUUUCUCUCUGGUCCAGAGAAGGGUAAAGUGCAAAACAGCAGCUAGAGCUCAAGGGAUCCAGAGGAGUCAUGUCUCCAGGCAUAGUUUAGGAUGGUGGUGGCUUGGGGAGAAGUCUCUCUGUUCUCAGGGUUUUGGAGGGCCUCCAGGUGACGUUCUAAAGGACUGCAUAGAGCAAUGAGCUUUGAAUCCUACUAUAUAGGUUUCUUGAGCAGGUACUGCAGAAUUGUUGCACUGGCUCCUCUUCAGUUCUGCUAAAAUGUCCCCCCCCCCAAAAAAAUGGGUAUCAAGUGGACAAGGGCCUGGAAGGAUGUCUGAAUGGUACUCCCACUUCUGGGAGAUGUUGAAAACAAGGGCUGGGAAGUGAGGAUCUUUUGAGGUCUUUCUCCACCUCUGCAGGCCAAAACAGAUGUUACUUCAUUUGCAUGUCUAGCAGCCAUGCAUGGGUUAUUUUUAUUUAAUAUCUGUCCCAGCCCUGCCACACACACACACACACACACAUGUUUUUUUCAGGACCACAGGGCAUGGGGAGGGAAAUUUUCACUUUUCUCUCCUCAGCUGCAAUCCCAAUGAAAAUCCCCCCCCAUAAUUAGCUGAAGAAAAAAAGCUCCAGUUGGAACCAGUGAGAAUUUCUUUUCUAAUGCUAAUUACAGAGUGUGUUGGAUUUUCAUUAGGAUCGUGGCUGAGGAAGGGAGGUUUAACUGCUGACCUGAUGGAAGUUACCUUCCCCACUUCUAGGGGUGAAUUUUUUUAAAAAACCCACAGAUGUGGCUACUGGCCUGCUUUGACACUCUGUGGUUGUGAUUGUAUUUUAAUUGCCUCUUAAUUGUAAACUGGAGGCAGCAACACCAGCCUGCCUUAGAAGUGUUUGGAGAGAAGACACUCUUGAAUGGCAACGUAUUUAUGGUGUGAGAAUUCAUUCACAAGUCAGUGCUGGUCAUGUUUUAUGUAUCUGCAAGGGAAAAUAAAUAAGGACGUCCUCCCAUUGGGAGGAAAAAAAGGGGAUGGUUGCCUAUUUGGUUUUUUUAAACAUUCUGUCUCCCAAGAGCCACAUGUCACUUUCUCUGCUGUUGACAGCAAAAUUGGAUCUGUUCACCAGCUCCACAGAUGUAAUCAGCUGGUUUUGUGCCUUGAUCACCUGGUGCUGAAUCACAGAUGUUCUCAGAAGCAAUUCAAUACUUUCCCAUACAGGACCAGAUUGGGGAUAAGUCUCCACUAACCCUCUUCUCCAUUCUUGGCUCUGUUUUUUUCACUCAUUUAUUUCAGAGAAUCCAGAUGAUAUUCCUCCCAAAUCAUUGCAUUCCCUUUUUUGUCUCCCAUUGAGAGAAAAUGAAUGAAUAAAUUCCAAAACAUAGUAAAUAAGGGAUAGCGCCUAACGUACCAUGACAAAACCUUGCAAAUGUGGACCUGCUUUGCAUAAGUGUUCUCACUAAUGCAUCUUCCUUCUGUAUAUAAUAAGUUUUUUUAAAAAAGGAAGAAUAGCAGUGCCCCAAAUUCUAUAAAAACAGUUUGAUAAAGGAGGAACAAUAGAUUUGUUCCAGUAAUAGAGAAUAGCAGCCUUUGUUGCCAUUAAUACAUUAAUGGCCAUUUGUCAAUCA